UAUGAUCGUAAACACUUAUUAUGCCAGAUAGUAAGGAAUACACUGUAUACGUUAUCAUGCAAUUCAUUUUGCUAUAUCUUUAGAAAAGGUUGAAUAGAUAUGUACUGUCAAUUUUACAGAUGGUUCGUUUGAAAGUAAACUGUCCUGAAGGAAUGACCAGAACUCAAACUGGAUGCAAAUAUUUUGCACUUAAAUGGUUUUUGGAACAUAUUCGCUUACAGUUGAAGCUUACACCUGUAGAAGGAAAUAUACCAGUUACCAAAUUGAUACCAUAUUUACCACUCAGGAAACAUUCAGAUCUGUUGGACAUUCCUUGUAAUAAAGGUGGUUUUAAGGUGCAAAUGUAUAUCAUGGAUAUCUUACAACUGAAUAAUGAAAAUGAUGCUGCAAUUAGAAGUAAAAACACUUUCGUAUCUUCUGCUGUAUUAGACAUGUCUGCAAAAUUUGGACUUGAAGGGUUGGAUCCAUCUCGAAUUGUUCCAGUUAUUAAAACGUGCAUAACUGGUCGUUGGAAGCUAAAUAUUGAAAACAAAACAUACGAGUUAACUGCUUCAUUUGAUAAAUUAACAGGAUACGAAUCUUCAAAAUAUGAAUCACAGUCUCCAGGAAACUUGAAUAAGCACAUGUUCAAAUUGAGUAAACCUUUCUUUUGUAACAACGUGCGAAUUCCUAUGUUCGAUGUCCGUGUAGAAGGCGCAGAAAUAAGAAUUUUAUCAAACAAUAUUACACUGGGGUCGAACGAGUUUAUCAAAAAUUCUCCGGAUCUGGACGGGAAUCCUGAUCAUCCAUUUUGGAACCUAACAACAUUUACUGUAUGCAUUGAGGACUUUGAUCCUAGUUAUAUGUCAUCAUCAAAUAGAAAGUUGAAAGAAUCAAGAACCAUUACUGCCUUGAUUGGUCUCGCUUUUUCUCAAAUCGUUCUUGCAUUAUCAAGAUAA